AUGCUCCACCUCCGGCAGCGCGUCCUCUCUCAUCUCCUCUCCGCGGCACCAACUCCCUCUACCUCUCCACUCCUCCGGCACCGCCUCCUCUCCGCCGCCGCGCCCGCCAUUUCCCCGAAUCCUAGCUUCGCCGUCGAGGAGUACCUCGUCGCCACCUGCGGCCUCACCCGUGCGCAGGCACUCAAGGCCUCCUCCAAGCUCUCCCACCUCAAGUCCUCCGCCAACCCCGACGCCGUGCUCGCCUUCCUCGCCGGCCUCGGCCUCUCCGGCGCUGAUGUCGCGGCCGUCGUCGCCAAGGACCCGCAGUUCCUCUGCGCCGGCGUGGAGAGAACCCUGUCCCCCAUCGUCGACGGGCUCACCGGCCUCAGACUGUCGCGUUCUGAAAUCGCGCGACUCGUCUCGCUCGCCCCGGUCAAAUUCAGCCGUAGAUCCGUCGUCUCCAAGGUAGAGUAUUACCUGCCGCUCUCUGGCUCCAUCGACAACUUGCUCCGGCCCCUCAAACACGGCUCCGGCUUCCUCGGCUCCCACCUCGAGAGGGUGGUCAAGCCCAAUGUGAAGCUCCUAGCAGAGUGCGGGCUAGGUGCUUGUGAUAUUGCCAAGCUCUUCAUCCGUGAGCCAAGGAUGAUUAGCGCCAAACCAGGGCGUGUCCUGGCGAUGGUUGCGUGCGCUGAACGUUUAGGUGUGCCCCGUGGCUCUGGAAUGUUCAGGCAAGCGCUGCACACCAUCUCAUGCUUCAGCGAGGACAAGAUCGCUGCCAAACUGGACUACUUGAAGAAGACACUUAGGUGGUCAGAUGGCGAGGUCCGCAUUGCUGUGUCCAAGUGUCCGGUUUUGCUGAGUAGGUCAAAUGAUGUGCUGCAGCGCCUGUCAGAGUUCCUUAUCUCUGAGGCGGGGUUGGAGCCGGCCUACAUUGCACAUCGCCCUGCUAUGCUCACUUACAGCCUGGAGGGACGGCUUAGGCCCCGCUACUAUGUUGUGAAAUUUCUUAAGGAGAGUGGAUUGCUAAAUCAUGACAGAGACUACUAUAGUAUGGUGGUGGUCAGCGAGAAGGAAUUUGUGGAGAAGUUCAUAUGCCCUCACAAGCAAGCUGCACCACACCUUGCUGAAGACUAUGCAGCUGCUUGCACAGGGCAGGUGCCUGCUACAUUCAGAUUUACAUGA